AUGCUCAAAGCUGCAGAGUUAGGAGAAACAUCAUGGGAGCUGUCCGUGCAGGUGGAUCAAACACAUGGAGACGAGUCCAUGAAGUUUAAGCUGAGGGUGAAGGGAGACUUGCACAUCGGAGGCCUCAUGCUGAAGCUGGUGGAGAAGAUCAAGGCUCCUCAGGACUGGUCAGACCAUGCCCUUUGGUGGGAACAGAGGAAAUGCUGGCUGCUCAAGACCCACUGGACCAUGGACAAGUAUGGAAUUCAGGCUGAUGCUGACCUGCGCUACACACCACAGCACAAACCCCUGUUGCUGCAGCUCCCCAAUAUGAAAACCAUCAAAAUGACCGUCAGCUUCUCCAAUGUGGUCUUCAAGGCGGUAUCGGAGAUCUGUCGAAUACUCAACAUCAGAAGAUCAGAGGAGCUGUCCCUGCUGAAGCCUCCAGACGAUCCCUCUAAGAAGAAGAAGAAGAAAGACAAGAACUCAGCACACGACGACCUCUGGGAUAUCGAUUUACUUAGCGGGGGACCACCAGGCUCCGGCCCCCAGUACAGUAAGACCAUGACAGCCACCUACGACCCAGAGAACGGGAUGCCGGUGUCUGCCACCAGCCUCUGGUUUGGAGAAAACCCUCUGGCCGACUCCCAGCCAAACUUGCCUCCCGCUGAGCUGGCCAAGAUGUACCAGCCGCUCUCGCUAGUGGACAAAGCAACUAACUUCGCAGGGUGGUUGGACUCAUCUCGUUCUCUCAUGGAGCAAGACAUUCAAGAUGAAGACAAGCUAUUGCUUCGCUUCAAGUACAAUGUCUUCUUUGACCUCAAUCCUAAAUAUGAUGCCAUAAGAAUAACCCAGCUGUAUGAACAAGCUCGCUGGUCCAUCCUGCUGGAGGAGAUAGACUGCACUGAGGAGGAGAUGCUGAUGUUUGCUUCAUUACAGUAUCACAUUUGUAAGCUGACCAUGUCAAGUGAACCACUGGACCGCUCCAACGAGCCAGAAAUAGAUGAAGUGGAGGCUGCCCUGUCCAACCUGGAGGUGACACUUGAAGGCGGACUCGCAGACCGAAUUCUGGAAGACAUUACAGACAUUCCAGAGCUGGCAGAUUCCCUCCGGCUGUUUAGGCCCAAAAGACUAACGCUGCGGCCGUACAAAGAGUACUGGUUUGUAUUCAAGGACACAACCAUCUCCUACUACAAGAACAAGGAGUCCUCCAACGGAGAACCCAUGGAGCAGUUUCACCUCCGAGGUUGUGAGGUUGUGCCUGAUGUCAACGUGACGGACAAAAAGUUCGGCAUUAAGCUCCUGCUCCCAGUUGCCGAUGGGAUGAACGAGGUGUAUAUUCGAUGUGACCAUGAGACGCAGUACGCCAAGUGGAAAGCUGCAUGCAUCCUGGCCUCUAAGGGCAAGACGAUGGCCUACAGCUCCUACAAGUCAGAAGUGAGGAACAUUCAGUCCUUCCUGCAAAUGAAGAGCCUGGCGCCACCUCCUGGUCAGGCAGCCCCUGACCUCGACGCUAUGGAGAUGAAUGCCGAAUGUUUCUUUUCCCCACGCUACACCAAGAAGCACAAGACCAAACAGCUAACCGCACGUAUCCUGGAGGCCCAUCAGAACAUAGCACGGCUGUCCCUAAUGGAGGCCAAGAUGCGCUUCAUCCAGGCCUGGCAGUCGCUCCCAGAGUUCGGUAUCAACUACUACAUUGUCAGAUUCAAAGGCAGUAAGAAGGAUGAGAUUCUGGGGAUCUCAUACAACCGUAUGAUUCGUAUCGACAUGUCUUCUUGUCUGCCUGUCACCACAUGGAGGUUCGCCAACAUGAAGCAGUGGAACGUUAACUGGGAGAUAAGACAGGUGACUAUUGAGUUCGAUCAGAAUGUGUCGAUAGCCUUCUGCUGUAUGAGCUGUGACUGCAAGGUGGUCCACGAGUUCAUUGGCGGCUACAUCUUCCUCUCCACGAGAUCUAAAGACCAGAACGAGACGCUAGAUGAAGAACUGUUCCAUAAACUUACUGGAGGCCAAGAAUGAGGGAAGAUACAAGCCUGUGCUUCUUGUAGUACAUCUGUUGUGUAUUUACAUAUGUUGUAAUGUGAAAGUACAGCAUUCAUGUACUGUAGCAACGGUAAAAUUGAGCAAAUCACUGCCAAAGAAAAUGUAAUUCUGUAUACUGUACAUUUAACAUUUACACUCAUUUUUUUUUGUCAUCAUAUAUCCUGCUGUGAACAGUUAUAGCAAUGUAUCCUGCACUACAAAAAUAAUGCUGUUGAUGUAAAUAUUGAGUCAAGAUAACUUGAUUGCAUUGAUAUUUGUAGGAACUAUGUUUUUUUUUUUAGGUGAAGAGAUGUUCUCGUUUCAGACAGAAACACGUUUUGUAAAAAAAUCAUUAAAGGGUGUUUUUUUUUGUAUUUCAUAA